UUGGAGCAAUAGAGAAGAUGGAUGGAAAUUCGGGGUACAAGGAGUAUGUAGCUGGUCUGAUGGCCGGUAUUGCUAUUGUGAUUACCGGUCACCCUUUUGAUACCGUCAAGGUGAAGCUCCAGAAACACAAUACGGAAGCUUGUGGAAUAAAGUACAAGAAUGGAUUGCAUUGUGCUGCUAGAAUAUUAAAAACUGAAGGAGUUAAGGGGCUCUAUCGAGGAGCUACAUCUUCGUUCAUUGGCAUGGCCUUUGAGAGCUCACUUGUAUUUGGCAUUUACUCCCAAACAAAACUAUUGCUGCAGGGUGGACCUGAUGGAGGUAUGCCCCAGCCUCAAGCGAUAAUUCCUUCAGCUGCCUUUGGAGGAGCUAUUAUCAGCUUCAUUCUAUGUCCAUCAGAACUGGUGAAGUGUAGGAUGCAAGUUCAGGGUGCUGAUUCUGUGGUACCAAGCUCCAGUAGAUAUGGUGGUCCUCUUGAGUGUGCCCUUAAAACUGUAAAAUGUGAAGGGAUCAUAGGCAUAUUUCGAGGAGGCUUCACAACCUUAUUAAGAGAAUCUUUCGGAAACGCUGUCUUCUUUAGUACAUAUGAAUAUGUGCGUUAUCACUUGCAUCUACAACAUAAAGGGGCUUCCUCUGAGUCUAGCCAAUUGAUUGAUAUUGGAGUUGGAAUAAUGAGUGGCGGUCUUGGCGGUAUAGCAUGCUGGUCAGCAGUUCUGCCGUUGGAUGUAGCAAAAACUAUAAUUCAAACUACCCCAGAGAAAGACCAUACGAGAAAUCCGUUUCGUGUUUUAAAAUCGAUAUAUGCAAGAUCUGGUCUUAGAGGAUGCUAUAUGGGUCUAGGUCCUACAAUUGUGAGGGCGUUUCCUGCUAAUGCAGCUGCAAUUGUUACAUGGGAGCUGUCUGCCAAACUGUUGGGAAUCAAGCGUGAUUUGAACUAGAAAUGAUGGUGAUUCUGAGAAUACACCAGUAUCAGAUGUGAUCAAUCUCAGCAGGGACUCGGGGAGAAUCAGCAGUCAAGGCUUCCUGCCUGCCGGAAAAAGCAGGGGAUGGCAAAGAAUCCCCAUUUGAGACUCCACUAACAGAUUGUUCUCCAUGUAUUUUUCAUUUAAAUUGCCUUCACCUUAAAUUUAAAGCAGCACUGAGCACAAUGAAAUUCAUACAAAAGAAAUAACAGUUAAAAUAGUUGUUCUGAUUUGGCUUUGGUUCCAUAAU